AUGCCAAAACGCAAAAGAGCCGAAGCAGGCCCGCAUCAAGCCAUGGACGACACCAACGAAGUCCACAAGGCCGCAGCAAAGGACCAUCCAAGCCAGCCCACAGAAGAGGCUCCACCUACCCAAUCCUACGAGAUCCCCCUCGAUGACAGCAACAAGAAAAUCCCCUGUAUCCGCCACGGCGCCCCAACAGGCCCAGCACUGAUCUUCACGCACGGCGUCGGCGGCGGCAUCAGCAGUCCGGCAAUGCAGCACUUUGCCGAAGGAUUCGCCCCCAUUGCGCCGGUGGCAUACUUUCAAGGAAACAUGAAUUUGACCUCGCGAGUCAAAAUGUUCAACGCGAUGAGGCAAGGUUCGAAUGAGGACUACCUUGCGCUAGGGGGCAGGAGUAUGGGCGCAAGGGCGGCGGUGCUGGCUGCGUUGGAGAAACCUCUGAUGAAUGAUGGUGGGGAUGAUGGGGGCAAGGCGAAACUGAUUUUGGUGAGUUAUCCGCUCACUGCGGGCAAAGAUGGCGGGGCGAGGGAGCCGGAGCGGAGGGAGCAGAUUCUUCUGGAUUUACCCGAUGAGGUGGAGGUUCUGUUUGUGUGUGGGAGUCGGGAUAAGCAGUGUGACAUGAAAUUCCUGGGCGAAGUGAGAGGCAGGAUGAGGGCGAGGAGUUGGUUGAUUGAGGUCGUGGGAGCGGAUCAUGGGAUGGAGUGUAGGCCGAAGAAUAGGACGGAGGAAAUCAGGAGGAUGUCUGGAAGAUGUGCGGCGGAGUGGCUUGUUGGCGGGAAGAGGGAUGUUGAGAGGAGGUUUUGUGAGGUGAGGGUCGGUGAGGAUGGUGUAGUCGUCUCUGGCGCAUGGGUGACGGAGAGAAGUGAACGAGUUGCGGAUGCAACGGAUGAUGAGUAG